AUGCUUCGCUUCAUUGUCAUCGUGGGCCUGCUGCUGUUCGCACUAACUGCCAAGAAAUUGGUCACAUGGAGCAACCAUAUCUAUACGGCUCGGAGCAGUGGCUUCGUGGUCCGCAAGUCACCCGUGCAUCUGAUCGACCUGUGGUGGUUAGGAUUGUAUCCCAAGCUGGUGCCAUGGCUCAACUACCUCUCUGCUGCGUGGACCAGCGGAUGGCUGCCCCUGAGCAAAAUCUUCCACCUUUGGCAUGUCGGCCAUGAACCCUUCGAGCAGCUGGGAAGCGACAACAUUAUGCUCUCCUCCCCCAACGGCAAUAUGCUUUGGAGCAGCGACCCAGAGACCAUCAACCAGAUCGCGAACCAGGCCAAGAACUUCCGCAAGCCUGUCGAGUACUUCAGCUUCUUCGACACGUACGGUCCCAACAUGCAGACCUCCCUCGGCGACAACUGGAAGGCCCAGCGCAAGAUGGUCGCCCCGGCCAUUGGUUCUCACUCGAAUGCCGCCAUGUGGCAGUCCUCGCUGCUUCAGGCUGAAAGACUGACGGCGCUCAUGACGGCGGAUGGCCCCGUCAUCAGCCAUAUGAAGGACCAUAUGUCGGAGAUUUCACUGCACUGCAUCGCACAGUGCUUCUUCAACAAGAACCUCGAGUACGAGACCAUCAAGGAAUUUCCCUCGCGCGAGCUGCCUGAGGGGCGAUUCGGGUUCGUCGAGGCCAUGUUCACUACCAUUGACAAGCUCGGCAUUAUAGAUUCGAUCCCCAAGUCGUUGCGCGAUACCCUGAUCGCCAGCACGCGGCCCGAGUCGGCUGAAAGGAAUGGCAAAGUCCUGGACCGCGAGACGUUGACUGGCAAUGUCUUCUUCUUCCUGCUCUCAGGUCACGGUACCGCAGGCAACACGCUGGGCUUCAUGAUGUUCCUCCUUGCCAUCCGCCAGGACAUCCAAGCGGAUCUGCACGCCCACCUCGACGCUGAGCUCGGAGGCAAGCCCAUAGACACCUGGUCCGUUACGGACGAGUUCAUGCGACUCUACAACGGCUACACUGGCGCCGUGCUCAAGGAAGCCAUGCGCCUGUACAACGUCGUCGAGUUCAUCCCGCGACGGUGCACUGCUGAAGCAUCUGUUACCGACCUCAACGGCAAUCACUUCACUAUCCCCCGCGAUACGCUGUGUCUGCUCAACUUCACCGCCGCCUUCCGCCACCCCAGCAUCUGGCCCGCGGGCCCCACCGCCAACGACCCCGCAACAGGUAAGUACCAUCCGAUGCUAGAUUUCGAUCCAAGCCGUUGGGACAGCUUUGCGGACAAGAUCACCAAACCGUCCGAGGUUGGGCUGCGCACGUACUUCCCCUUCGGCCUCGGCGGGCGUGCGUGCCUGGGGAAGAGCCUCGGCUCUAUCAUGAUGGUGGGCGUACUGGCGUAUAUUUUCACACACUUUAGCAUUGAGCUGGUGCCGUCCCACGCGGUGGAGGAGGAGGCGACAAGGACGGGUGCGGACGAGAAGUGGGUCAAGGAGCGGACGCAGGAGCAGGCGUUGCAGAUGCUGGUGGAUGAGGUCGAGUGCAAUUUGCUGAUUGAGCUGCGCAAGGAACUGCCGGUACGGUUGGUGCCGCGGUUGGUGCCGCAGUUGGUGCCGCAGAAGGUGUAG